GGGCAAUAAUCAACUUUCAAGCCUACCUGGCCAAAUAUUCCAAGGUCUUUCAGCACUUAGUAUCUUGAAUUUGAACCAUAAUCAACUUUCAAGCCUACCUGGCCAAAUAUUCCAAGGUCUUUCAGCACUUAAUUUCUUGAGUUUGGAUAACAAUCUACUUGAAAGCCUGGUUCCCCAUGUAUUUGACUCCCUUGUUGGCCUUUUCAAUCUUAACUUGAACGAUAAUAAGCUUACAAGUGCCGGCCUACCUGCCAAUGUAUUUGGAAAGUUAUCAAAAUUCAUUUCUAUAGAUUUACCCAAUAACAACUUCUCUCCUGGUCCUCGACUAUGCAGAGUUUUAAAAGCAGGCAAUCACAUCCAGAUGACUUUAGAAGAACCGCUUAAAAAAUCCCUCAACAGUCUCACCGAAGCCAAUUGUUCUCAGAGCUGCAAGAACAUACCAAUAGUGGAGUCACCUUGCACGAGGGCUGGCACCAUAUGCACUGGGGUAUUUUCUAACUUUACUUGUGAAUUUACACCGAACUAUUGCAAUGCAUUUCCAACACCUAGCAACAGCAUGGUUCUCAGUUAUAACGGGUCCAUUGGAGGCAAAGUAGUCAUGUCCUGUAACAAUGGCUAUGUAUUAUCUAAUACGUCUACAGUCAUUUGUUCUAACGGUGGAAAUUGGAGUCACAAUCCAGAAUGUUUGAUUAUAUCUGACUAUUGCGAUCCAGUAAAAACUCCUGACAAUGGCAUGGUUCUCACACAUAAUCAGUCGAUUGGCGCCGUAGCAAUCCUGUACUGUAACACUGGCUACAACUUAUCGGAUGUAUCUUCAGUCGUCUGUUCUGGCGGUGGAAAAUGGAGUCACAAUCCAGAGUGUCAGAUUAUAUCUGACUAUUGUGAUCCAGUACAAUCUCCUGACAACGGCAUGGUUCUCACACGUAAUCAGUCGAUUGGCGCCGUAGCAAUCAUAUCUUGUUACACUGGCUACAACUUAUCUAAUGUCUCUUCGGUCGUUUGCUCUAGCGGUGGAAAAUGGAAUCACAAUCCAGAGUGUUUGACUAUAUCUGACUAUUGCGAUCCAGUAAAAUCUCCUGACAACGGCAUGGUUCUCACACAUAAUCUGUCGAUUGGUGCCGUAGCAAUCCUGUCCUGUAACACUGGCUACAACUUAUCGGAUGUAUCUUCGGUCGUCUGUUCUGGCGGUGGAAAUUGGAGUCAUAAUCCAGAGUGUCAGAUUAUAUCUGACUAUUGUGAUCCAGUACAAUCUCCUGACAAUGGCAUGGUUCUCACACAUAAUCAGUCGAUUGGCGCCGUAGCAAUCAUAUCUUGUUACACUGGCUACAACUUAUCUAAUGUCUCUUCGGUCGUUUGCUCUAGCGGUGGAAAAUGGAAUCACAAUCCAGAGUGUUUGACUAUAUCUGACUAUUGCGAUCCAGUAAAAUCUCCUGACAACGGCAUGGUUCUCACACAUAAUCUGUCGAUUGGUGCCGUAGCAAUCCUGUCCUGUAACACUGGCUACAACUUAUCGGAUGUAUCUUCGGUCGUCUGUUCUGGCGGUGGAAAUUGGAGUCAUAAUCCAGAGUGUCAGAUUAUAUCUGACUAUUGUGAUCCAGUACAAUCUCCUGACAAUGGCAUGGUUCUCACACAUAAUCAGUCCAUUGGCGCUGUAGCAAUCGUGUCCUGUAACACUGGCUACAACUUAUCUGACAUCUCUUCGGUCGUUUGCUCUAGCGGUGGAAAAUGGAAUCACAAUCCAGAGUGUCAGAUUAUAUCUGACUAUUGUGAUCCAGUAACAGCUCCUGACGACGGCAUGGUUCUCACACAUAAUCAGUCCAUUGGCGCCAUAGCAAUCGUGUCUUGUAACACUGGCUACAACUUAUCUGAUGUAUCUUCAGUCGUUUGCUCUAGCGGUGGAAAAUGGAAUCACAAUCCAGAGUGUCAGAUUAUAUCUGACUAUUGUGAUCCAGUACAAUCUCUUGACAAUGGCAUGGUUCUCACACAUAAUCAGUCGAUUGGUGCCGCAGCAAUCGUGUCCUGUAACACUGGCUACAACUUAUCUGAUGUCUCUUCAGUCGUUUGCUCUAGUGGUGGAAAGUGGAAUCAAAAUCCAGAGUGUCAGAUUAUCUCUGACUAUUGUGAUCCAGUACAAUAUCCUGACAAUGGCAUGGUUCUCACACAUAAUCAGUCCAUUGGCGCCGUAGCAAUCAUGUCCUGUAACACUGGCUACAACUUAUCGGAUGUAUCUUCAGUCGUUUGCUCUAGUGGUGGAAAGUGGAAUCACAAUCCAGAGUGUCAGAUUAUAUCUGACUAUUGUGAUCCAGUACCAGCUCCUGACGACGGCAUGGUUCUCACACAUAAUCAGUCCAUUGGCGCCGUAGCAAUCGUGUCUUGUAACACUGGCUACAACUUAUCUGAUGUCUCUUCAGUCGUUUGCACUAGUGGUGGAAAGUGGAAUCAAAAUCCAGAGUGUCAGAUUAUAUCUGACUAUUGUGAUCCAGUACAAUCUCCUGACAAUGGCAUGGUUCUCACACAUAAUCAGUCGGUUGGCGCCGUAGCAAUCGUGUCCUGUAACACUGGCUACAACUUAUCUGAUGUCUCUUCAGUCGUUUGCUCUAGUGGUGGAAAAUGGAAUCACAAUCCAGAGUGUCAGAUUAUAUCUGACUAUUGUGAUCCAGUAACAGCUCCUGACAACGGCAUGGUUCUCACACAUAAUCAGUCGAUUAGCGCCGUAGCAAUCGUGUCUUGUAACACCGGCUACAACUUAUCGGACGUAUCUUCAGUCGUUUGCUCUAGCGGUGGAAAAUGGAAUCACAAUCCAGAGUGUGAGAUUAUAUCUGACUAUUGUGAUCCAGUACAAUCUCCUGACAACGGCAUGGUUCUCACACGUAAUCAGUCGAUUGGCGCCGUAGCAAUCAUAUCUUGUUACACUGGCUACAACUUAUCUAAUGUCUCUUCGGUCGUUUGCUCUAGCGGUGGAAAAUGGAACCACAAUCCAGAGUGUUUGAUUAUAUCUGACUAUUGUGAUCCAGUACAAUCUCCUGACAACGGCAUGGUUCUCAGACAUAAUCAGUCCAUUGGCGCCGUAGCAAUCGUGUAUUGUAACACUGGCUACAACUUAUCUGAUGCAUCUUCAGUCGUUUGCUCUAGCGGUGGAAAAUGGAAUCACAAUCCAGAGUGUUUGAUUAUACCUGACUAUUGUGCUCCAUUACAAUCUCCUGACAAUGGCAUGGUUCUCACACAUAACCAGUCGAUUGGCGCUGUAGCAAUCAUAUCUUGUUACACUGGCUACAGCUUAUCGGAUGGCUCUUCAGUCGUUUGCUCUAGCGGUGGAAAAUGGAAUCACAAUCCAGAGUGUCAGAUUAUAUCUGACUAUUGUGAUCCAGUAACAGCUCCUGACAACGGCAUGGUUCUCACACAUAAUCAGUCCAUUGGUGCCGUAGCAAUCGUGUCUUGUAACACUGGCUACAACUUAUCUGAUAUCUCUUUGGUUGUUUGCUCUAGCGGUGGAAAAUGGAAUAACAAUCCAGAUUGUUUGAUUAUAUCUGACUAUUGUGAUCCAGUACAAUCUCCUGACAAUGGCAUGGUUCUCACACAUAAUCAGUCGAUUGGCGCCAUAGCAAUCCUGUCCUGUAACACUGGCUACAACUUAUCGGAUGUAUCUUCGGUCGUCUGUUCUCGCGGUGGAAAAUGGAGUCACAAUCCAGAGUGCCAGAGAGUUGCAAUUCAACCUCCACCCACCACUCAAACCACCACACAAGCCACCACUCCAACAAUCGUUCAAACCACAGCUCAAACCAACAAUCCGACCACUGCAAAUUCACUAAUCAUUCCCCCUCACACCACCAAAGCAGAAACUGUCUCUGAUCCAACAUUAUACAGCACUCUGGUUCCAGCGUCAAGGACCGUCAUUGCUGUUACGUCAGGGACAAUAGCGGGGUCAACAUCCACGCCAUCCCCAACUGCAAUAGACUCAGCCUCAACUGUUCAUAUUCUUAGUACUAGUCACCAGCAACAGCAACAGCAACAGCAGACACAGCAACAGACACCGCAACAGCAGACACAGGAACAGACACCGCAACAGCAGACACAGCAACAGACACCGCAACAGCAGACACCGCAACAGCAGACACAGCAACGGACACUGCAACAGCAGACACGGCAACAGCAGCAGACACAGCAACAGCAGCAGCAGACACAGCAACAGCAGCAGCAGACACAGCAACAGCAUCAGCAAACGCAGCAACAGCAGCAGCAGACGCAGCAACAGCAGCAGCAGACACAGCAACAGCAGCAGACACAGCAACAGCAGCAGCAGACGCAGCAACAGCAGCAGCAGACGCAGCAACAGCAGCAGCAGACGCAGCAACAGCAGCAGCAGACGCAGCAACAGCAGCAGCAGACGCAGCAACAACAGCAGCAGACACAGCAGCAGCGGCAGCAGCAGCAACAGCAGGCAGUGAAGGAGCAACCAGUUACUGGCUUCCAUACCACUUCAACAUCAAUUCAUAACGCCGGUACAGGUCAGGCACAGUCGUCAGCAACUUUAUUUCUCAUUAUUGGUGGAAGCUUCUUCGCUUGUGCCGUGCUCCUUAUUGUCAUCAUACUUGUGUACUCUGGCAGAAGAGGCAAAGGCCCGGCAGGAACUACCCUGCUGAAAGGAAUGCCACUGUUUCACCCUGUGAAGCAGAUUGAUUCUAACAUCCAGAUCAGGAAACUGCCCAAUGUAAACGAGCAAAAGCAUGGUAGUUUAAGAACGGUGCCCAGCAUCCAACUGUCGCAACCCAACGGCAGUGACACUGGCAAGUUGCUGAAAACCCAACAAACAAACCAGUCAAUUGUGACAACAGCAUUGGGCGUGACAGGACAUGAUUUAUACAGUGACCUGGGUGGUGAUGAUGUGAACGCUACUGUCCACGAGGAGACGCUCUAUGCCCACACCGAUGAUCUGAUAUACGAGGGUAUAUGCAACUCGCAUAGGAGUUCGUGCAGUAUGUUGGACGCUGACGAGGGAACAGGUGCAGCACAGCACGAUUCGGAACAGUGGGAACAUUAUUGCUCCGACUUCCUAGCCCUGGACAAAUUUGACAGGAAAUCGACUGCCAGUGGGCCCAUGUCGUUUGAUAUUCCCAAUGCAUUUGAUAAUGCUAGUACGAAUAGCAAUGAGUAUGAACUAGACGCAUCAAGUAUGAAUGUUGGCAGACGCAGUCUGGUUGCAACACCAUUAAAAUGCAAAGGAAGCAAACUCAGCGAGUAUAUGAAUAAGAAUGAAAUUAAAGCUUGUACGAAUCGCAAAAUGUCCCUCAACUACAGCAAUUGUCGUGAUGCCAGUACGGAUUUACAAACGUGUUACGACUACAGCAACAGUAAGGAGGCGAACGACAACGAAUGGUACGAAGUAGACGCUGUUAAGGCACACCAGUGUGAGCAGUUACCCACUGCUGCUGCUGCCGCCGCCACCGCCACCGCUGAUGCUGCUGCUGCAGCGGCUGCUGCAACAUGCACCAGAAACGGCAAUGAAUGCAGUGAAAUCUACGAGCUCCUUGACCUAAUCGAAUCUGAUGCGCCUGUCGCCCUACAAGGUGGGCAUGCUGGCAGUGCAUUGUGCUCUACGCCUGACAAUAUACGUGAUGAUCAAGCCAAAGAGGGCAACAGCGCUAGUCAAGGAGUGAACACUGUACAAGAGAUAGCUCCUAGCAGCAAUGAGCUCUAUGCAAUGCCCGCAUCACUGAAUGGCAAUCACCAUGCACUGUCUAAAGAAAAUCUCUAUGAAUUCACAACAUCAAAACACAGUGAGAAGGGCAAUGGUGCUGUUUCCAUAUCGCACAGCUGUGAUCAACAUCAAGUUACUGACAGCGGUGACUCAGUGUACGAAGAAACAAUCGCUUCAUGUCACCAACUGGAAGAAAAGAAUGCAAAUUGUUGCAGCACACGGGGGCACUCAGGGCAGACGAAAUGCCCGCUUAAAGCUGCCACAGGAAAUGAUGGCAGCGGUAGCGGGAAUCCCGGCCAAUAUUCUUUGCCGAACAGAGGGAGAAACAGUACUGUUACGCAACAUGAUCGCAUAGGCAGCGUCAGCAGCAGCAGCAGCAACAACAACAACAUUCAACACUCAAUGUUGAUCGUAGGUCAAGACGACAGUUCCAUGCCCAUUGAUGGCGGCACUGCAGAGACCUGUUACUCGAUUCCGACUAUAGGCCAAAAGCAAGGUGCUGUGCUUCAUGAAGGUGAUAGUACUAGUAUUGCUAGUGAAUAUUCAGUGUUAAGAGGAGGCCAACUGAGCAAUUCCAUGCCACAUGAUGGUGGCAAUAUGGAUGGUGAAUAUGCAGUACUGAUUGGCCACCAACACAGCAGUUCAAUGCCCGAUGAUUGUGGUGAUAAUAAUGCAGACUACAUGGCGCCGAGUAGAGGCCAACCAAGCAGUUCUAUGCCACAUGAUGGUGUUACUGAUGAGAUUAUAUACUCGGUGCCAAAAACGGGCCAAUCAAGCCGUUCAGUGCCACAUGGUGGCUGUACUAAGCCGGAAUACUCCGUGCAGGGAAGAGGCCAGCAAACACCAGCUGAUGAAGCCGGUGUUCAACAAUAGGCAACACAGAGCCUCCAUGUCCAGGGUUGGUCAUGAUGCAGCAGACUAUAUGCUGGGCUUGAACAUGAGCACUGCCGAACUGCUCCAUCUUCUACUUACAACGCAGACAUCUCCAACAGUUUAGAAUAAACGGUCAUGAACAGGCAUGCCGGUGCCAUAUGAAACAAUGACGUUCCGCCUUCUACGUCUACUAGCUGCUCAAACAUAGAAGUGAAGCUUGGUCAGAAGUUGCAAUGCUCAAACACAUUGAGGGAACUCACAAUGUGCAUACCUCAGCAACCUUUUUCUCAUCCAGUGUGGUAGCCAACGGCAGUGAUUUCGAAUGGACAGUGUCAUUCUGCAGAGUACUUUGUCCACUGUCUUUUUUUGCAUGUAUAAUACACGAAGCCAAUUCAUUCCAACUCCUGUUAACUACAAGCAGAUAUUCCUGAUCAAAUCCGUGCCGGAACCUUGUUGUACCGCUGAAGAAUUUACUCCAGGCAAAAUGUCGUUGUAGCAUUGUUAGAUGGCUUUUUUCGUUGAAUGGUUGCACGUACUAUGGUUCAUUACUUGUUGAUUUCCUCUCUUUAUCUGUCACACCCAGGCAUACAAACGUAAACACAAACACACACUCUCUCUCUCUCUCUCUGUCUGUCUGUCUGUCGGUCUGUCGGUCUCUCUCUCUUUCUGUCUCUCUCUCUCUCUCUCUCGUCUAUCUCUCUCUCUCUAUCUAUCUAUCUAUCUAUCUAUCUAUCUCUCUCGUCUACCUCCGUCUCUCUCCCUCUCUCUCUCUCUCUCUCUCUCUCUCUCACCAUCCACCCAUCUCUGUACUGCUCUCACGUAUCAUGCACACAAGCGCAUUGUUGUCCUAUCUGGUUCAUGGUUUCUUUGUCAAGUUUUCCCGUGUUCGCAUGUGGUUCUUUUCCCUCCAAAUUGCUCUAUUCACUAAGUACAAUGAAUAGAUCAAUGUAUCCAGAUUGCUGUCCUGGAUUUUUCUGCCUCACGACCAAUAACUCAUUCACAAUUAUCACAAUACAACACUUGCCAUACUGAAAUGCCUG